ACAAAACAAGCACCAUCGCUCCAUAAGCCGGCCAUGUGGUGCUUCACCAAGGUGUCUAAUUCGCCCCCCACGCCCGACAUAUAUGGAGAUGUCCCACUCCUUGUCGCGCCAACCCCACCACGGGCCCGAAACGUCUUGUCCUGCCUCCGAGUCAGGACGAUCGUGACUCGGAGUGGGAAUUAUGAAGCAUCGUGAGUUUGUCAGCGGUGACUGAGUGGAGGCUGUAUGUGUACGUGAGCCGGUUGAUCUAACGGCUGUGCUUUUGCUCGCUGUUUUUCCUUUCUUUCUCUCGUUGCACUACCGCUCUUCCUUGCACUGCCUCGAGGCCAGAGUAUAUUUCCCACCCUUCUCUUCCUCCCACUGCAAGAGCACAUCACGAACGCAAAUCUGCCAACUAUCUUCUCUCCUCUCUCAAUUCAUCUCCAAUUCCACUCCAAUUCCUCCAUCACCCUCAACAGACAGAACAGCACAGCAACCGCAAAGAUGACAAUCCGCACACGCCCCUGGUGGAAAGACAGCACAGUCUACCAGAUCUACCCUUCCUCCUUCUUCGACUCCAACGGCGAUGGCCUCGGCGACAUCCCUGGCAUCGUCUCCAAGAUCUCCUACCUCGCCUCCCUCGGCGUGGACGUGAUCUGGCUCUCACCCAUGUACGACUCCCCACAACAUGACAUGGGCUACGACAUCUCCAACUACGAAGCCGUCUACCCACCCUAUGGCACCGUCGCCGAUAUCGAGACCCUAAUCUCCGCCUGCCACUCCCGGGGCAUGAAAUUCAUCCUCGAUUUGGUAGUAAACCACACCUCCGACGAGCACGCCUGGUUCCAAGAAAGUCGUCGCUCGAAAGACAAUCCAAAGCGAGAUUGGUACAUCUGGCGCCCGGCAAAGUACGCCGAAGAUGGGACAAGAAUGCCGCCCAACAACUGGCGCUCCUUCUUCAGCGGCAGCGCCUGGGCCUGGGACGAGGGCUCGCAGGAGUACUACCUGCACCUCUUCGCCACCCAACAGCCUGACCUGAACUGGGAGAACCCUGCCACGCGCCAAGCGAUCUACGAUUCUGCGAUGCGGUUCUGGCUUGACAAGGGCGUUGAUGGGUUUAGAGUCGAUACGGUGAAUAUGUAUUCCAAAGGCACGGAACUGCCUGAUGCUCCGAUUAUCGAUGAAGGGAUUUUCGAGCAGCCGGCCAGUGGACUGUUUUGUAAUGGGCCGCGGAUGCAUGAAUUUCUCCGUGAAAUGAAUACCGAGAUCCUGAAUAAAUACGACACGAUGACGGUGGGCGAACUUCCUCACACGCCAGACCCGGCACACGUUCUCCGUUACGUUGGAUCAGGGGAUAAGCAACUGGAUAUGGUUUUCCAGUUCGACAUCGUGGAUCUCGGCAUCGGUCGAACGCACAAGUAUGAAUAUGAAGGCUACGCACUCUCCGAGCUGAAAUCCGUCGUUUCGAAAUGGCAGCAAUUCAUCGAAGGCAGCGACGGGUGGACGACCGCCUUCUGCGAGAACCACGACCAGGGCCGCUCCGUGUCACGCUUUGGCUCCGAUGCUCCCGAGUUUCGCGAGAGGAGCGCCAAAAUGCUCGCUCUCAUGAUGUGUGCGUUGACGGGCACGCUGUUUGUUUAUCAGGGGCAGGAGAUAGGCAUGAUUAAUGCUCCGAAGGAGUGGCCGAUUUCUGACUAUAAAGACAUUGAAUCUAUUAACUACUAUAACAGCGUUGCGGAACGGACGGAUAAUGAUCCGAAGGCCUUGGGACAUGUUAUGAAAUCCAUCCAGAUUCUUGGCAGGGAUCAUGCGAGGUUGCCGAUGCAGUGGGAUGACUCUCCACACGCGGGAUUUACAACGAAGAAGGAGGGAGCGUGGAUGCGUAUCCAUGAUGAAUACCGCACCAUCAACGUCGCGAAGCAGGAGAAAGAUCCGAAAUCUGUGUUGAGCUUUUGGAAGAGCGUGUUGAAGAUCAGGAAAGAGUAUAGGGAGUUGUUUAUUCAUGGUGCGUUCGAGGCGUAUGAUAUAGAAAACCAGCAGACGUUCGUGUUUGGGAAAAGGCAUGGGGAAGAUAGAGCGGUUGUGGCGUUGAAUUUUACUGGGGAGGAACAGCCGUUUAAAAAGCCGGAUGUGGGAGGCAAGUUUGAGUUGCUUGUGGGUAAUGUUGAGGGUGUGGAUGGCACCGAAGAUAAGUUGGCGCCUUGGGAAGGGCGAAUUUACCUCGUGAGCUAGGCUGGCAUUGCUGUGGAUGGUUAGUUGACGACAAAGGUUCAGGGCGGAGCUCUGCUUUCGUUUGUUUUCGACCCUGAAUUUUUUAGAGAAUAGGUGUGCAUACAUAAUUAUCAUUCUUAAUGCGUAAUAAUGAUUCAUUUUCCGUUUC